GGGCGUCAGCGGCGUGGCCUAAGGAGGGCACUUUGCCCGGACUUUGGGGGUGUGUUUGUAAUUUUGCUUCGGGUGAGGAAGUCGGAUGUGACGCGUGUGCCUGGUGACGUGGCGGCCGUGGAGUUUGGGGUUGUGUCGGGAAGGUGGGGGAAGGGGCCGUGGGAGGUCCGGGAGGGUAGGGGCAGCCGCGAUGCUGGAGAUGAUGGCAGCGGCAGCGGCUCAGGGCAGCUCGGGAUCGGCCAGUGGCUCCUCCGCCAGGCUGGAAGUCUCCAUCGACGGCCUGACCCUGAGCCCGGACUCGGACGAUGUAGAGCCGGAGAGCAGCAGGCAGCGGGAGGCCUCGGCCGCACACCUUCACUCCACAGCAACGGCGGCGGCAGCAACAACGGCGGCCGAGUCCGGGCCUGGAGCAGGCUUGGGUCUUGGAGGUGGAUCGGGGGGAGAGAAACAGGACGAUGGGGAGUACACACAGGUCGAGGAGAUGGAGAAACGAUGGGGCUUCAAUCUGAAUGAGCUCCACUGCCUGGCUCUCAAAUUCUUUAAAGAAAAAGACGGUAAAGCUUUCCACCCGACAUAUGAAGAGAAAUUGAAAUUUGUCGCCCUGCAUAAACAGAUCACAGUUGGUCCUUGCAGCCCUGAUUCUUGCCCGGAAGUUGGCUUCUUUGAUGUUCUUGGUAAUGAUAGAAGGAGAGAAUGGACUGCCCUGGGCAACAUGAGGAAAGAAAGUGCCAUGGUGGAGUAUGUCCAGUUGCUGAACAAAUGCUGCAGUCUGUUUGAACCUUAUGUCACAUCCCAUAAAAUAGAGAAGGAGGAGCAAGAAAGGAAAAGGAGAGAAGAGGAGGAGAGGCGACAAAGGGAAGAAGAAGAACGAGAACGUUUGCGGCAGGAGGAAGAGAGAAGGCGACGAGAGGAGGAAGAGAAAAGGAGGCGGGAAGAGGAGGAGAGAAGGAGGUUGGAGGAAGAACGGCUUCGAAUGGAACAACAAAAGCAACAGAUCAUGGCUGCCUUAAACGCACAAACUGCAGUGCAGUUCCAGCAGUAUGCAGCCCAGCAGUACCCUGGCAACUUUGAGCAGCAGCAACUCCUGAUUCGUCAGCUUCAAGAGCAACAUUAUCAACAGUACAUGCAGCAGCUGUAUCAGGUACAGCUAGCACAGCAGCAGGCAACACUACAGAAACAGCAGGAGCCAAUAGUAUCAUCAACCCACAUUGGGGUAGGAGAGGUACCGACAGUGAAUGGACAGACAACUACACAUUCAGACCUUUCAGAAAAAGAGCCAGAGCCAGAAUCUUCAGAAGAAGUGUUGGAAAAUGGACCAAAAGACACAGCUCCGGUCAUAGCUGCUCCCUCCAUGUGGACCCGACCACAAAUCAAAGACUUCAAGGAGAAGAUUCGGCAAGACGCAGACUCUGUCAUCACGGUGGGCAGGGGAGAGGUAGUAACCGUGCGGGUGCCUACUCAUGAAGAGGGCGCUUAUCUCUUCUGGGAAUUUGCUACAGACAAUUAUGACAUAGGCUUUGGUGUCUGCUUCGAAUGGACAGAUUCUCCGAAUACCACAGUGAGCGUACAUGUCAGUGAAUCCAGUGACGAUGACGAUGAUGAUGAAGGUACUACAGUCACAGCCUCUGCUGUGGGGGGGGAUGCGGUGAGGAAUUGAGGGAAUAUUUAGCUG